AUGCACAAAUUUGUCAUGACUGCAGACAUUGAGAAAAUGUACAGACAGAUAUUAAUUCACCAAGAACAUAGGAACUACCAAAGAAUACUAUGUAGAGAUUCGCCGGAAAAGGAAUUGCUACAUUUUCAACUCAACACAGUAACUUAUGGAACGACAUCAGCUCCUUUCCAAGCUACCCGGGGUUUACAAGAACUUGCAAACAUAAGCGGAGCCAAACAUCCACAAGCAUCUCAAGUAAUCGCACAAGAUUUCUAUGUUGACGACCUAAUAACAGGUCCUCAUUCAAUAAGCAUAUGUCAAGAAAUCCAAAGAGAAGUCACCAUGAUACUCCAGUCAGCAGGAAUGACUCUUCAUAAGUGGUGUGCAAAUAGUCCGCAACUAAUCGGAUGA